UGUGGGUGCAGCAUGUUUGACGUCGAACUGAAAGAAUUACUAGAAAGUUGGGGCUUCGGCCACUGGUUUCAGUACUUUACUGAUGAAGAAAUUACCCUAAAAAGGCUUAAUUAUAUAACGGAAGACGACCUGACAUAUAUAUUCCGUAAUUCGAAAUUAGGUGAAAAAAUUGAAUUUCGAUACCAUCUAACGGAGUGGAAAAAGAAAUUUGGUUUUGAAAAACUUGUUACUAUAACACCAUCUGUGGCGACGGAUUUAGAUGCCGAGGAUUUCGGCCAGGCACAGUCGAGCACAUCCUCUUCUACUUCAAAAAAUGUGUGGCAGAGCAAUAAAGUUGUUAUGGACCUUGAUCUGAUUCUAAAUGAGCACCCUACUGGACACUAUGUCAAACGAGCGGUCAGAGAUGGAAAUCCUCUUAACGAUGCGACUAGAAAAAUAAUAAUUGAAGCAAUUGUUACAUUCAUCAUAAAACACAAAGUAAAACCAACCAGAUCCGACUUUGAAAAAAUUUCUAGCGAAAUAGAAGCACAAUUCAAUGAUGAUAAGAAAAUCUACUAUAAUAAUGUUGGACCUCGGGCAGCAGGAAGACUUUAUGACAAAUACUACAACACAGUAAAAAAGUUGAAAAAAUGUGGAGAAGGGUUCGAUUCAUCUACGAAUAAAAUUGCAGACAGCCAUAAUGUGGCAUUUAUUAAUGAAGAAGCUUCCGAUGCUCGUGAAUGGCUAAAAGUUAAUAGCGAGCCUUGGUCUGAAGUCUAUGAAAUGUGGCGUAAGACUUACACUUUGCGAAGAGAUGAUAUUCUUAACGCGAAUGGGCAGGAAACUGCAAUUUGUUACGUUCUAAACCAAUGGCCGCAGUUUUCUAACUUUUUGGGAUAUGGUUUGGUGGAUAUGGACUUUAAAGCUAUAUAUCCGGAAUCUACUUCUUUAAUCUUUAAAUGGCAGCCGUUUAAGGAAAAAAUCCUUCCCAUAUUGAACACCAAAUUAACGGAUUCCGUGGACAUAAAUUACUUGGAACAAAUUAAUGCUCAGGCUGAAGGUUCCGAUCAGCUUCUUGCGCUUUUAUUGCAUGUCUUGCUGCGUUCACUGGGAAAACGCAAGGCAAGGGACAAAAUUUUCACCAAGUCAAUUAAGGACUCGCAACUUUCAUUUAUGAUACAAGGUGUGAAACACAGUGAUGUGGAAAAUGAAAUUCAGCACUUACGAACCACUCUUUACAACCGCGGAGAGAGUAUGCAUCCCAUUAUAGUUGCAGUGGGGUUGGAUUUGAGCUGUUCCAAAUUGUACAUGCUGUACAAUGAUAUAAAAUACGCACUACCGAGUUUCCUCAGCGUAUUCGAUAUAUGCUUUAAAAUGUUUCACGUUUUAAAUCUAAAGUAUCCAUCUGAUAGCUCUGAGUUUUGGGUGUUUGUACAAAAAUAUUUCUAUGAAAUUAAUUUAGACGAGGACAUGGUGUCUCCCAGUAUAUUGUGUUUGAUAAGUGAUUUAAGGUAACAACAAUGAUCGUGAACUAUGGACAUGAAUUUCAAAGAAAGAUGGGAAAUUAUAUUAAAUAAUAAUCUCAACGAUGGA